CUGUGCUCAUGCGCGAUGCCGGCGCGGUACGGCCGGGUGAUGGCGCAGCGCGCGGGCGGGCGGGCUCUGUGCGCGCUGCGGGGCCGCCUGCUGCCCCCCGGCCCUGCGGCCGCCCGCCUCGGCUCCUCGGGGCCCGCACUGCAGCGGGCGGCCGGAGCCGAGGAGGCAGAUGCUGAAGUCAGUACCAGGAAGAAGACAUUCACUGAGGUUCAGACAGAACGAUUGGAGCAGGCGGAUCGGAGUGUUUUAAUUAGGUGCCCAUCAAAACUUAAUGAAAAAAAAUUACUGCAGUAUUUAUCCAGCCAUGGAAAAAUUGACAAUUAUUUCUUCUUUGAAAAUCGUGGUGUUAAUGCUUUAAUAGAAUUUUCUGAGAAGAGCAGUGUAACCUCACUACAGGCCGUUACUGGAAUUCCAAAGGCUGCUGAGCAUCAUGUCGUCCCAUAUAAAUCCAGACUUUUUACUUUCACACUGAAAAACCCCGGGAGUCAAGCUGCUGAAGAGAGGCCAGUAAACCUCUCUCCUCAGUCUCACAUUCCAGUGAAUGAGCUUAUUCCAAAGCUCUGUUCUGCAGACAGUAUAAGCAGUCAAAUGUACAUUCUGCUGAACGAGUAUCAACUUACAGAAGAAAACAUCAAGCUCCGAUACUUGGCCUGUUCUCUGGUUCGGGAUUUUGCACGCGCCUAUUUUCCAGACAGCACUGUAAAGCCAUUUGGCUCUUCAGUGAACACCUUUGGCAAACUGGGAUGUGAUGUGGACAUGUUUCUGGACUUCCGUGAUAUACAGAAGCGUGCUACACAAAUGAAAAAAGGUCCCUUCGAAAUAGAGUAUCAGAUGAAAAGAUUACCAUCAGAAAGAUUAGCAACUCAGAAGAUUCUGUCUAUAAUUGGUGAUUGUCUCGACAAUUUUGGUCCUGGGUAUUCAAGUGUACAGAAGAUCCUCAACGCUCGCUGCCCCCUGGUGAAGUUCUCCCAUCAACCAACAGGAUUCCAGUGCGAUCUGUCAGUGAGCAACAGCAUUGCUAUAAAAUGUUCAGAACUCCUGUAUAUCUACGGCUGUCUUGAUCCCCGUGUAAGAGCUCUGGUGUUCAGUUUACGAUGCUGGGCCCGUGUUCAUGGGCUUACAAACAGCGUGCCCGGUACCUGGAUUACAAACUUCUCUUUAACCAUGAUGAUCAUGUUUUUUCUGCAAAAGAGAUCGCCACCCAUCAUUCCAACACUAGACCAACUUAAAGAGCUGGCAGAUGAAAAAGACAAACACAUAAUUGGAGGCUAUGAUUGCUCAUUUGUUAGUGACUUAAGCAAGAUUAAGCCUACAAAAAAUACAGAAAGUCUUGACGAGUUGCUGUGUGACUUCUUUCAGUACUUUGGAAACUUUGACUUCAGAAAGAAUUCCUUAAAUCUUCGAAAGGGAAAGGAAGUAAAUAAACCUGAGUCGUCUCCUCUUUAUAUCUGGAAUCCCUUUGAACAAGACCUUAAUAUCAGCAAGAAUGUUAAUCAGCCACAGCUGGAGAAAUUUGUAGCUGUGGCCAGAGAAAGUGCCUGGAUUUUACAGAAGGAAGAUAAAACUCAGCAAAUGGUCAAUAAGGAGCCCUGGGGACUGGCAGCCGUACUGAUACCAUUUGGAAAAAGUAAUCGAAACACAAUGAAGAAUAGGACAAAGGGAAUAGGAAGUGAAACAAUCAAAAGCCUCUUGGACUCUUUAAAGUUAAGUGAUGCAAACAACCUCCAGAAAGCAGUGGGGAAGUGACUUUCAGCACAGAACACAGUAGCUGCUAUUCUGUUUUAGGAAUUGAAUGUGACACGGUCUGGAGAAUAUUGCUUUUAAUAUUUCUUUUGUGGUGAAUUGGAGAGUCGGGUGACCUCUGGUUGUCAUUGUGAUGCUUUUGUAGAGGUCUACAUUCUUUCUGUACAUUAUCUCCUCCUUUACUCUUCAUUUUUCCAUCUGUUUUGUGAGUGAAGAGCAUUAAAAUGCAAAUUUUAUGGAUAUAUUUUGGAAAUAGACUUUGAUUGGGCACUCUUCAAAAAAGAAAAAAAAAUCGGAUGAAAAGAGAACGGGGGAAAAAAGCCACUGGGAAUUGUUUUGGUUCAUUCUUUUUGGUUAAGUAAAAGCUCAAGAAACAACCACCUUUCAGUGAAAGCGCAUCUUAAAAGAGGACGAAUGUUUGCACCAUUGCUUCCACUGCAGUCACAUGCAGGAAUCCAGUAAAACUGAAGAGCAUGUAUCUAUUUUUGUAAUUGUUUUCAGUUUGUGGGGAUAGAGCUAAGACAAAAAUAAAGAGGAUGGAAUUAGAUAACAGGGUUUACGGUUUCAUAGGUUAUUGCUCUCCAAGGAUAGAGCGCCUGUUUUGUGUUGGAAGCGUGGGUGUGCUCUCGUGUUUACCACUUAUUCUCAAACUUCUUUAACCAAGUCUUUAUUUUUUGUUAUACGCAUAGGGGUUGCUUCCAGUCAUACUUCUCUGUUAAUGUUUCCCAUUUUGUCUUCAACUUAAGCCUGUAUUUCAGGUUCCAGUAGGGGAAGUUUUGGUGCCCUUCUGGCCUUAUCAAUAAUCCUGAAAGUUCCUGCCCACUGGACAGCACCAAAACCUUCCUCACCCUAUUUGUUUCUCUCUUUGUCCUUUGUGAGAUUCCACAGGGAAUCCAAUACCAAUGCUCGAGUUCACAGUCCUGUCUUACUUUUCAGAUAUUCAGGGGAUUGCUGACUGUCCAUGUUUCAGAUCAGGUAGGCCAGAAAGAGUCAACUUUUCUCAUUGUCUUGAAGAAAGCAUUGAGUUGUCUGUGCUUAUACCACAGGAGAGUGUUUUUGGAGGAGUAUUGAGAGGGCUGGAAGGAAUGAAGACGAAAAGAGAAGUGGAAAGAGGGCAGACAAAUGACAGAUUUUCAGGUAGAUUUGUGAUUAUUCUGCCUUCCCAGUUUGUGCCACUGAUGCAUUAAAACUAAAUGGCAAGCAUGAUAAGAACGAUUACACAGACUGUUCUGACUCUUAAAGAAGUGCUGUACAAGAAUUACUGCAAAUCAGAGAUUAUCAUACAGAUGCAAUAUUCAUGUUUAUGAUAACUGUUUCAUUUUCAGUAUUUUUAGAUUCUUUAAUGCUGUAAUACUAUGUGCUUUGUUAUGGGCUUUCUUUUUGUUUGCCAGAACUGCUGUUAUCAUUUGAAGCGUGUCUCUUUACCCUGAGGUAUGUUUAUUAGAGAUCAUAUGGGCAAUAGUGUGUAAUUCAAGAGUAUCUGUAAAAACACUGCUGGGUAGGGAGAAGUAUUGUUCAGCAGUUAACAGUCUAAACAGAAUUUGAGAAACAGAUCAAUGCUAUAUUAAUUUAUUUGAAUUUUAAAAUAAUAUUCGUAUGUGUCCAUUUCACACUUAUAAAUGUUUUAUCAAAGAAUGACUUACGGAUUUAUUAUCUCAGUCACGGGAAUUAAUUCUUGUGUCAACUUCCUUGAGCCUUGAAAUUCAGACUUAGCUUUCUGCUUAAAUCUCUGUGCUAGUGUAUGAACUUGUUUGGAGACUGGAUGAAGUUUACUGUAACUUAUUAUUGGUGCUAAUACAAACCUUUUCAUAGCAAGCUUGGCAUGGAUGCAGUAAACAGUCUGCUGCUCUCUUAAACUUUAUAGACCCUAGAUAUGUUUUCUUCUGUUUCCUAUGCAGUAGACUUGGAAGCCUUUUGAAGAUUAGGGUGAUGCUGAGUACUUGAGAACUGUCUCUUCUCCUGCUAAGUAGAAGGGGUAACAGGGAUCCCCACAUAGAGGUGAUGUGGUAGACAGUCUCUAGCAAGGAUUAAAGGGAAGGAUAGCAAACAGAUUUUGUUGUGUGUUUCUGCUGUCAGUCACCCAUCCAUGGUGACACAGUCAAGGUAUUCCACAAGCAAUUAAGAGAUGUCUGGAUCAGUAACUCUCAUCCUUUGGGGAGAUUUAAACUUCACAGAUAUAAACUGGGAAUAUUUUAGUAUUGCAACAAGCAAGUCUGCAAAAUUCCUCAAACACGCUGAAGGUAACUUCUUGUCACAAGUGCUUAGCCAGCAAGGAAAGGUGCCCACCUAGAUCUGCCUUCUGAGCUUAAGGCAAGUCUUGUGGGAGGUGCGAUGGUGGGUGGAUGUUUCGGCCACAGUGAUCAUUAAAUAGCUGGGUUCAAAAGGUCAGCAGCGUUACCACCCUGGAUCUUAACUUUAAGCUUCUCAGAGAGCUAGUGAGCAGCGUCCCCUGGCUUUAAAUCUGCUUUAGACAGUUCGGGAGCUCUGUGAGAGCUGCACUCUUCCUAAGAACCACCUUUUAAAAACACAGGAGCAAACAAUCCCGUUGUGUCAAGCAAGUAGAAGAGAAUAUCAACUUUGAUGAACAGGGAACUCCUUUUGGAAUGUGGGCAGCAAAAUAACCUCUGAUCUCUGGAAGUAAGGUCAGGCUUCACAGGGAGAUUAAAGAGCUUCAGCUGUAGGGAGAAAAUAGGAGAACAACUCGAGUUGACAGUGGCCAUUGUGGUGUCAGACAACCAGAAACGAUUUUUUAAUCAGCAGCAAGAGGAGAUCUAAGGAAAAUGCUGGGCUGAUACUUGAUGAAGAUAGUUACCUAACACAAUGGAAUGAGGAAAAAGCAGAGACCUCUGAUCCACUCUUUGCCCUGGCUUUUAAUAUUAAUGAUAGUUCUUGGGUUCUUGGUCCUGUCAGUUGGAGGGACGUGACUCAUGACGAAGGGAGCAUGAUUUGUGCUCACCAAAAGUGUAAGAGAACAGUUGCAUCAGCACAGUUUGCAGGACCAGAGUGAAGGACCCCUCAGGCAUUUACUGAAAGUCUUACAUGUUUGGGGAGUAGGUGUGUAUCAACAGCAAACUUACUGAGAGUGCUAAAUGGGAAGGCGCUGCUGGCUCUCUGAAGGUUUGAGAAGCCUGAAGCAGACCCGCUGGAACCGAGCACUGGGCAACCAACCAUCAGCAGCACGAUGUUCUAUGAAGGAAAAUGCUGAAUUCUGCAGCUGGUACAGAGCAAUGCUGGACUCGUGGAGAUGGGUGGCUGGGGAGGUGAGGAUGAGGGCAGGCUCAGCGUGAGCCAGCAGCGCCCCCUGGUAGUUAAUGAAGUAAAUGUUUUGUUGGGAUUCAUUGCACACAGUGUAGCCAGCCAGACAAGAGGGAGAAAACUCUCACUAUAUUUAGGGUUGGUGAAGCCUCACCUGAAAUACUGCGUGCAGUUCUGGGCUCUGUUGAAGAGACAUGUGGGUAAUACCCUUAACGUGCUUUAACAUUUGGUUAGCCCUAAUGUGGUCAGAUGGCUGAACGCUGUGGUCUUUGUAGGCCUCUUCCAACUGAAUUCCACUGCAGUGCAAUACUAAGAGAAUGGCAUAACAGAGACAGAAGCAUACAGCCCAUCUGUGAUAGCGCAUACCUACUUGCAUUAUAUGCACACUGGUUAGUGUCACCAUAGAAAGGCUAUAACAAUUUUGACACUUAAACAUAAGAUGCUUGUAGCCAAAUACCAAUAAACUUUGUAUUCUGUUUAUACAGUCGAAUGAGUCUGAAACAAGACUUUGGGUCAAAAUGGUUUGUUUGUAAAUGUACAUAGGCAUUCAAGCUGCUUAUAAUUCCUUAAAAGGCAGGGUGAAACGUGGCUGCUAUAUAUGCAGAGCCCUUCAGCAUCACGUUUCUGUUUAGACUGUCUGUCCCUUCUGGGAAUAGUUCUGAACAAUUGUCCUGGCUACAGGCCGACUUCUGAAUAGAAAAGCUACAAGUCAGAAGCUUUGCUGCAGCAAUGUAAGUUUGUUUUGGGUACCUGCAGGUUCAGGGUGCUGGAGGCUGGACAAAGCCUG